AUGGGCCCUGCCAGAGGCGUUGGCGCCCCCAGGGGCACUGCUAGAGGUACUGGCGUAGGCAGGGGCCCUGCCAGGGGCGCCGUCGCCCCCAGGGGCUCUCUCAGGGACAGCGGCACUCACGGGGGCCCUCCUAGGGCCAGCGAUACUCUCAGUGGCACUGCCAGGGACAGUGGCGCUCCCAGAAGCUCUCCUAUGGACAGCGACGCUCCCAGGGACCUCUCAGGGGCAGUGGUUUCCCCAAGGGCCAUGCCAGGGACAGUGGAGCUCCCAGGGGCGAUGCCGACCCCAGGGACCGUACCAAGGGUCCCCAGGGGCCCUAUAGCACGCUUGUACGGGGGCACUUCCAGAUGCCGUGCCAGGGUCGGUGGUACCCCUAGGGGCUCUCCCAGGAAAUUUGGUGCUCUCAGGGGCCCUCCCAGGGACGGCGGCGCCCACAGGUUCUCUCCCAGUGACAGCAGCGCCCUAGGAGCCCUCCCAGGGAUGGCGGCGCCCCCAGGGUCUCUCCCACGGAAAAACUACUGCAACCAGAGACCUUUCCAGGAAAGGGAGCACUCUCAGGGGUCCUCCCAGGGACAGUGGCGCCCCCAGGAACAGCGGCGCCACAGAGGCAUUCCCAGGGACGUCGGCGCCUCCAAAGGCCCUACAAGGGACGGUGGCGCUUUUAGGGGCACUGGCGCCCCCAGGGACUCUCCCUGGGACAAUGUCGCCCCCAGGGGCCCCCCAAAGAACGGCAGCGCCCCCAGGGUCUCUCCCAGUGACAGCAGCGCCCUAGGAGCCCUCCCAGGGACGGCAGCGCCCUCAGGGGCCAUGCCAGGGACAGCGGAGCUUCCAGGGGUUGCGUUGACCCCAGGGACAGUUCGAAAGGUCCCCAGGGGCCCUAUGGGCCAGCGAUACUCUCAGUGGCACUGCCAGGGACAGUGGCGCUCCCAGAAGCUCUCCUAUGGACAGCGACGCUCCCAGGGACCUCUCAGGGGCAGUGGUUUCCCCAAGGGCCAUGCCAGGGACAGUGGAGCUCCCAGGGGCGAUGCCGACCCCAGGGACCGUACCAAGGGUCCCCAGGGGCCCUAUAGCACGUACGGGGGCACUUCCAGAUGCCGUGCCAGGGUCGGUGGUACCCCUCGGGGCUCUCCCAGGAAAUUUGGUGCUCUCAGGGGCCCUCCCAGGGACGGCGGCGCCCACAGGUUCUCUCCAAGUGACAGCAGCGCCCUAGGAGCCCUCCCAGGGAUGGCGGCGCCCCCAGGGUCUCUCCCAGUGACAGAAGCGCCCUCGGAGCCCUCCCAGGGACGGCAGCGCCCCCAAGGGACAUGCCAGGGACAGCGGAGCUUCCAGGGGUUGCGUUGA